AUGAUGCAGUACUCAAGAUUCGAUUUUGGCUUUUUCGGAGUUGAGAAAAGUGUGAGUUCUCUCGCUGACUUUCUUCAAUUUGUCGACACUGAGUUCGAGUUUUCGUCAGUUGCUAAUUUGUUGCCAGUAUGUGUUAAAGAUAUACUCGCAGGACUUGAUUAUUUGCACAAUCAUAAUAUAGCUCACCGAGAUUUAAAACCUGGUAACAUAUUGGUUUGUAACCAGCAUUUGGAUGAUGUUGCCGGUGAUGACAAAGCCAUGGCCAAGGCUUACGAAGAGUGUCCCAUUGUAUGCCAACUUACUGACUUUGGUCUCAGCCGUAGUGUCGACAUCCAAACCAAGUCAGUUGUUAUGUCUAAGACAACGUCAGUCAGUUGUGGUACUCCUGCAUACAUGGCGCCAGAAAUGCAGCUAAAUCAACUGGUUUUUGCCAGCCACGAAGAUCUGAAACGUGCAGAUAUGUGGUCCUUGGGCCUUGUUAUGCAUACCAUGAUAAAUCCAGAUCUUGGUAGUCCUUAUCGAGCUGAAUUAGAGCAAUCUAGUGCGCCCGAUAUCCAUAUGGCAUUGAAAGAUCUUCUGACGAAACAUCGACUACCUCAACAUGGUGCAAAAUAUGAGCAGCUGCGAAUAACCUCGUGGUAG